UGACGUCAUGGCGUGAUGGUCUCGAGGGUAUAUAAGGCAGGUGUCCCAGUGCCUCAAGCAUCAAUCCACCGUCAGCAGUGGAGGAAAGUACAUCUUGGUGUUCCUGCUGACUGCUGCGGCUUCUUCUCCGUCAGUAGCUUCAUUCCCUUCAAGAUGAGGCUUCUCAUCGCCGUGGUCCUCCUCUCGGCCCUCCUGGUGGUGCAUGUAGGGGCGGGACGUCUCGGGGAGGAAAGGGAGGUGGGUUUGGCGGCGGUGGCGGCGGCGGCAUUGGCGGAGGUUUCGGCGGCGGUGGAGGUAUUGGAGGAGGUUUCGGUGGUGGUGGCGGCGGUGGCGGUGGUGGCGGCUUUGGUGGUGGAUAUGGUAAUGGCGGCGGUAGUGGCGGAGGAAUUGGUGGCGGCGGUGGCGGCGGACACGGCAAUGGUGGGUCUGGUUGCGGGCAUGGCGGCUGUGGACAUGGUGGGGGCGGCUCCGGCGGCGGAAUCGGUGGCGGCGGCGGCGGCGGACACGGCAAUGGCGGCUCUGGUUGCGGACAUGGUGGUUGUGGACACGGUGGCGGUGGCUCUGGCGGUGGAUUUGGCGGCGGCGGCGGCUCCGGCGGCGGCUCCGGCGGCGGCUUCGGCGGCGGCGGUGGAGGUGGACAUGGGAAUGGUGGUUCCGGCUGCGGCCACGGCGGCUGUGGCCAUCAGACUGGAGGUUCCGGUGGAGGAUUUGGUGGAGGAGACAGUUAUGGCAAGUAAACAACUCACGCCAUGAUGCAAGGAGAGGGGCCUGGAUGUUCCUCAGUCUCCAUUCCUCCUCGUCAUCCUCCUGCUCUUCUCCUUCCUACACACUAUCUCCUCGCUGUUCCUCCUCCUCUUCUUCCUGCUCCUCCUUAUCAUCUUUCCGAAUCACGUCUUGACUCAACAAUAAAAUGCUUCUUAGCAAA